AUGAAGACUAGAACCAAAGGAAAGAAACAAAGGCAAACUGUUGACAAAGAAGCAUUUUCCCAAGAGCCAGCAGUGAGAAAAAAGGAACUGGCAAAAUGUUUGCGACGCAAAGAAAGGAGGAACGGGGGAAACAAGGAGAGCAGCAAGAUGGCCACAGCCAGAGCCAAGUGUCCUUGGAGCAGUAAGGACAGGCUCUUGAGGAGACUGGAAAGCAACGAGCGCGAGAGGCAGAGAAUGCACAAGCUCAACAACGCCUUCCAGGCCUUGCGGGAGGUGAUCCCUCACGUGAGAGCCGAGAACAAACUUUCCAAAAUAGAGACUCUCACGCUGGCCAAAAAUUACAUUAAAUCCUUGACCUCCAUUAUACUCAGUAUGUCCAAUGGACACAUUCCAGCAGUAGAAGGGAUGGGGGGAGCCUGGGGAUCCAAAUUGUACCAGCAUUGUCAACAGCAGCAGGGUGAGGAUGACCAUGAGGAACAUCUACAGAAAUAUUCCACAUAGAUUCAUAACUUCAGCCAAAACACCAACUGCCAGCUACUACUGUCGUUGUUUUUCUUUCUUGCAUCAUAAUACAUGUCGUUGCCCAGAGGUUUAAGGGGAUUAUUCUUGCCUCUAGUCUCUCCUUUUUUUUUUUUCCCUUAAACAAACAGGUAACACUCAUGGCUAUGGUUUAUAUGGCACAUUUAAAAAUUACCUUUAAACCCUCAGAAUUUUUCAGAGCAUUCAUUGUGUGGUGUGCCAGGGUCUGGAAACCAAUCCUGUAACACUGGAGUUGACUUGAAAAUACUGAUUUAGUAACUUCUGAAAAUUAUCCUAUCUGGACUAGAGUGAGUUGAGCCUUUAAAGUCUGUGUCACCUGAGUUCCUUGGAGUUUGUUGAGAAUCUUGGUCGUAGCUCUGUUCACCAGCCUUUCAAUGACUCAUUUACCAUGCUAAAAAGAAGAUUAAAAAUUGAUGACAGCAUUUGACUGACUUGGUGACUGAAGUGGCACAUAUGGAAAAUUGGUCACCAAGUCUGAGUAUUUAUCUUGAUAUUCAGCUUCUGUGGAUCUGCCCUGGUAAUUUUGAACCUUG